CGCACACUUCUUUUAAAAAUUCUGUCACUCUCUGCAUUUGCCAGUCUAUCUAUAUUGUUACUUCCCCUAAGGAGGAGUUACACAAAUAUAACACGUGAGAUUUUACGCCGUCGUCGUAGUAGGCCAACUUCAGUACAGUGAUGCACAAAAAUAUUGAAAUGAUUUGAAAGACACAUCCGGGUUCCGUAGUUGGUCGUUCUGACGGUUCUGCACGCGCUUGUCACCAUUCCGAGAUGGGUUCACUAGGGCGCGUCCUUACUCUUCGGUUCGGAGGCAUCCCAGGAGUUCGGAUCUUGCGACCGCUGUUUUUCGAGAAGCUGAGGACACCCACCACUCUUUCCACUGUGUUUUGCAGCUCUCUGCCUCCACCCCCAGUCAUAGAGGUGCAGUACCGUCAUGGCCGCCCUGGCCUGCACUUGAUGCUGCCGUCUCGUGGGGAGGCGUGCCGCUUCCCUCUCAGGCCCAUGAUGAUGACCGUGGCCGACUUCAUGUCGGACAUCCAGAAUGAGGACCCCGGGGUCACCACAACUGCCAUACUGACCGCAGAUGGAGACAAGGUGUCCUCUACAACCCUACUCGACUCAAUUCUGAAGAGUAACUUCCAGCUGGUCAUCAAUGACACCACCUACAGCGUCAUCUCACCCGCCAAUGAUGAGCUAUGCCAUGAGCAUCUGACGGGGCUGGAGGAUGUGAAGAUGGUGGUUCACCUGCUCUACACAGCCCUCCAUCUGCCAGACCACCAGCGCCUCAAGGAGAGACAGCUCCUGGAGAGACUGGACACCCUCACACAGCUGCUGCAGCCCCUUGAGGAGGAGCGUGCUAGUCUGGAGGCCCGUGUGGGGGCUGAGUCCACGCGCUAUGUGUGGGCUGGGCUGGCCUACAUGUCUGUGCAGGGGGGCUUCAUGGGCUGGCUCACCUGGUACGUCUUCUCCUGGGACGUCAUGGAGCCCAUCACCUACUUCAUCACCUACACCUGGAGCAUGGGGCUGCUCGCCUACUUCAUACUCACACAGCAGGGAAACAACUCUGCGCCACCUGUCUCAAUAGCCAAUCAGGAGUUCAUGUAUGCUGAUGCCAAAGACCGUCACUUCCUGACACGCCUCCACCGUGCAGCAGCCAGAGAGGGUUUUGACAUUGCACGUUACAACAAGCUCAAGGCGGAGGUUAAAGAGGUGGAAGAUGACUUGCGUCGCUUGAGGAAUCCCAUCAAGCUUCAGUUACCAGUGGAGCAACUCCAAGGCUGAGACUGACAGACAGACUGUACAGUGCAGUGUUGUACUGAGCUCUGCAUUUGGAUAUUGCCUUAAGAUUGUGAAACACAAUAUCGCUACACAUAGCCCUACACAACCUGUAUGGAGACACUGCUUUAGAUGGGUUGAGUUUAACUAUGUUUCUAUUGUUAUUUUUAUGUCUAUAACAGGCUUUUAUUUGUAUAUUGUCUAUUACUAUAAAGCUUUACAAAUAAUUAUGUAGAAAUAAAGUAUUUUCUUGCUUAA